CCGCCCGUCGCGCGGUCGGCCCGGGCCGCGCGCUGCCCGCGAGCCCCGCCAUGGCCGCCGCCAUCAUGGCCGCGCCCUGAGGGCACCGACCGGCCCUGCCGCGCUGCCCGCCACCUUCCCGCCGCCUCCCGCCGCCAGCGCCGACAUGGAGGCCGUGAACGCCUUCAACCAAGAGCUCUUCUCGCUGAUGGAGAUGAAACCUCCUAUUUCCCGAGCCAAGAUGAUUCUCAUCACAAAAGCUGCCAUUAAAGCUAUUAAGCUUUACAAGCAUGUUGUCCAGAUUGUGGAGAAGUUUAUCAAAAAGUGCAAGCCAGAGUACAAAGUCCCGGGCUUGUACGUCAUCGACUCCAUCGUUCGGCAGUCUCGGCACCAGUUCGGAACAGACAAAGAUGUUUUUGGGCCAAGGUUCUCUAAGAACAUUACUGCCACAUUCCAGUAUUUAUAUCUGUGUCCAUCUGAAGACAAGAGUAAAAUAGUUCGUGUCCUGAACCUCUGGCAGAAAAAUGGAGUAUUUAAAAUUGAAAUAAUUCAGCCUCUCUUGGAUAUGGCAGCAGGAACCAGUGCCACUGCACCCAUAGCAGAGAAUGCUACUAACAAUGAAGGUUCGCCGCCCCCUCCGGCCAAGGUUCCCUCGGAGGCCCCACAAGUGACCGCGAACUCAGUGCCCAGCGUGCCACAGCUGCCCAGUUCUGAUGCCUUUGCAGCUGUAGCCCAGUUGUUCCAGACAACACAAGGACAACAGCUCCAGCAAAUCCUGCAGACCUUCCAACAGCCUCAGAAGCCCCAGUCACCGGUCAUAGACAACACUGUGAUGGCUCAGGUUCAAGCUAUUACUGCUCAGCUGAAAACCACAGCAGCACAGCCCCCAGAGCAGAAAGCUGCUUUCACAGCACCCGAGCAGAAAACAUCGUUUGACAAAAAGCUGCUAGAUCGGUUUGACUAUGAUGAUGAACCAGAAGCAGUGGAAGAUUCAAAGAAAGAAGAUUCAGCUCCUUCCCCUUCAGUGUCUCAGCCAGCUUUGACCUCUCUCUCAUUCAGUGCACAGUCUGGAUGGUGCUCAAUGCCGGGUGGUUUUCCAGGAGAAGGCAUGCAGCAGCCAGUAUUUCCUCAGCUCCCAAAUAUGGAUCCUUUUCAGCAGCGGAUGAUGGGAAUGCAGCAGGAUCCGAUGCGGCACCAGGUGCCACUUCCUCCGAAUGGGCAGAUGCCGGGCUUUGGUCUCCUGCCUACCCCCCAGUUCCCACCCAUGGCUCAGCCGGUGAUGCCUCCAGCAGCACCAGUGCAGCCAACUUUCCAGUCUCCCUUCCCAGUCCAGGCUGAACCACACCUGCAGAAACCCCACCAGCAGGAUAUGGAAGUGGAACAGCCACCCAUUCAGGAGGGAAAAAGGCAUGUUUCCGACAGUAGGAAAUCAAGAUCUAGAUCUGCAUCAAGGUCCCCCAAGAGGAGACGCUCGCGGUCGGGCUCGCGCUCGCGGCGCUCGCGGCACCGGCGCUCGCGCUCGCGGGACCGGCGACGCCACUCGCCCAAGUCCCGCUCCCAGGAGCGGCGCGAGCACGAGCGGGAGAGGGAGCGCCGCUCCAAGGGCCUGCCCCAGAUCAAGUCAGAGACUGUCAGUGUUUGCAGUACCACGCUCUGGGUAGGACAGCUUGACAAAAGGACAACUCAGCAGGAUGUGGGAAGUCUCUUGGAGGAGUUUGGCCCCAUUGAGUCUAUCAAUAUGAUACCGCCCAGAGGAUGUGCCUACAUUGUCAUGGUGCACAGACAAGAUGCCAACAGAGCCCUCCAGAAACUGAGCCGAGGCAACUUCAAAGUCAACCAGAAAUCCAUCAAGAUUGCCUGGGCUCUGAAUAAAGGAAUAAAGCCAGACUACAAGCAGUAUUGGGAUGUAGAAUUGGGUGUGACAUACAUACCAUGGGACAAAGUCAAACCUGAAGAUCUUGAAAGUUUCUGUGAAGGAGGAAUGCUGGACAACGAGACCCUUAGUCCAGAGUGGAAGGGAAUUCCCAAGAAGUCUGAAAAUGAAGUGGCUCAGAAUGGAGGCGCAGAAGCUGCACACAAUGAACCAGUGUCACCUAUUCCCAAAGCUUUACCUGUCCCAAUUCCUGUUCCCAUGCCUGCACCAAUAACAGUACCUCCUCCACAGGUUCCCCCCCAUCCAUCAGGGCCUCCCAUGGUUGGUGCACUCCAGCCCCCUGCUUUCACAGCACCUUUAGGAAUCCCCCCUCCUGGAUUUGCCCCCGGGGUGCCGCCGCCACCGCCGCCUCCAUUCCUCCGGCCCGGCUUCAACCCGCUGCAUUUACCUCCAGGGUUCCUUCCUCCCGGGCCACCACCUCCCAUAACUCCUCCGGUCUCUGUCCCGCACACUCCGGCAGUGAACAUCCCAAACUCUACAGCAACUGGUGGGAAUGAGGAUGCUACAAAGGAGUCGUCCGUAGGAAAUCCCAUCCCAACAGUAGUUUCUGGAGGCAGAGGGAAUGCUGAAAGUACUGACACUUCCAAAAUCUAUGGCACUAUUCCACCUCCUGUAGCACCUACCAGCGUCCCUGCUCCCGUCACCCAGGCCGUUCCACUCCUUGGCACCCAGGGCGUGGCCCCGCCGCCGCCCGCGCCCGUGGUGGGGCUGCAGACUCCGUCCACGGGGCUGCUGGGCGCCCGGCCCGGGCUGAUCCCGCUGCAGCGCCCGCCGGGAAUGCCGCCGCCUCCGCCGCUGCCGCGCUUCCCCAUGAUGCCCCCGCGCCACAUGCCCCCGCACAUGAUGCACAGAGGGCCCCCGCCGGGCCCCGGCGGCUUCGGGAUGCCUCCCCCGCACGGAAUGAAAACGCCCUUCCCUCCGCCCGGCCACUUCGUGCGGCCCGGGGGCGGCCCGGGCGGCGGCGGGCCGGGCGGCGGGCCCGAGGAGAGCAGGGACGGGCGGCAGUUCAGGAACGACAGGCAGUUCACGCCCAGCAGAGACCAGGAGCGGUUCGGGAGGAGAUCCUUCGGGAACCGGGUUGAGAACGACCGGGAGCGCUACGGCGGCCGCGACGACCGGGAGCACGAGCGGCCGGGCGGCCGCGACAGGCGAGACUGGGGACGCCGCAGCCCCGAGCGCGACAGGCACAGGGACUCGGAGGACAGGAACAGGCGCUCCAGCGGCCACCGAGACAGGGAGAGGGAUUCCAGGGAUCGGGAGUCUCGCAGAGACAAGGAAGAAACCCGUGGCAAGGAGAAGCCGGAGGUGACAGACAGGGCGGAAGGCGACAAAAACCACGAGCCCCACGGCAGCAAAACGGAGGGCGCGGAACUUGUUUCAGAACUCGCUGCGGGAGACGCUGAACCCGCGGGCGCGAAACCCGCGCCGGAGUCGGCAUCCGAGGCUACCUCAUCCCUGGAACAGGCGGACAAGGACACGGGCUCCGCGGCCGAGGCGCCGCGCUAGGGCCGCAGCCCGGCUUGGAGUGUCGAGCUUUAGUUGUACAGUGCUGUAAAUCCGCUUCCGCCCCUGCGCCCCCGACGCGGGGCACUGUGAGCAAUUUGACUGCUUCCCUUCUAUUUAAAAUAGCCACAACAUAACAUAAAAUACUGAAGAGAUGAUUAAAAUAUUACCCAUUUUUGCUGUAACUUUUUUAAAGUUUUGACUUUAAAAAGUUUACGAAUCAGAAGUAGAAGUGCUUUCUAUUUUUUUUUUAAUUUAAGAAAAGGUAACGGUGAAAGCUCCUCAAAACAAUAGGGAUGUGUUUUUAAUAAACUCUAUUUUCGUAACAAA